AUGACCGGCUUCGACUUCUCCAACUACAACCGCAACGCGGCUCUGCAUGCUAAGGGUGCACCCCUACCAAAAGCUACAAGCACAGGUACAACCAUUGUCGGUUGUAUUUUCGAUAACGGCGUUGUGAUCGCAGCAGAUACCAGAGCAACCAGCGGUCCCAUAGUAGCUGACAAGGUAGCCACGACCUCUCUCUCAUCUCCCAUCAUCGAAUUAAACUGCGAGAAACUGCACUACAUUGCUCCAAAGAUCUGGUGUGCAGGUGCGGGUACAGCUGCUGACACCGAGUUCACCACCGCCCUGAUCAGCUCCAACAUCGAAUUACACGCUCUUUCGACUGGACGACCCCCCCGGGUAAUCACCUGCAUGACAAUGCUGAAACAACACCUCUUCCGAUACCAGGGACACAUUGGCGCGUACUUGGUGGUUGCUGGUGUUGACCCUACUGGCACGGGCCUCUACACUGUCCACGCCCACGGAUCAACGGAUAAACUCCCCUACGUGACCAUGGGCUCUGGCUCGCUAGCGGCCAUGUCCGUCUUCGAGUCUACAUGGAAGCCCAAUCUGAACAAGGAGGAGGCCAUCGCGCUGGCGUCCGAAGCUAUCAAGGCGGGUAUUUUCAACGAUCUGGGGUCCGGCAGCAACGUCGAUGUCUGCGUCAUCGAGACGGACAAGCCCACACAGCUCCUCCGCAACUACAUCAAGCCCAACGAGCGUGGCCAGAAGGAGCGCAACUACCGCUUCCCCAAGGGCACUACCGCUUACCUCAACGAGAAGGUCUAUACCAAGGAGGACUUGAGAAAAUACGUAACAGUGGAAGAGGUUUCUGGCGAUCCCAAUCUGAUGGAGGUGGACUCGUAA